AUGGCUUUCGCUCGCAGAUCAGCUAUCCUCCCCGGAGGUCUAGGUGGGAUAAGCUCCAGCAUAGGCAAGAAGCUCAGAGAACAAGGCGCUCGCCUGGCUAUCCUCUAUGCCCCGUUCGAAGCUGCCCGUCGAGACGAGCUCCUCAGAUCCGGCUAUGGAGGAGUUUCCAGCGACGCAAUUCGUACCUAUGAAUGCGAUAUUACCUCCCCAGCAUCAGUUGAGUCUGCCUUUAGCGCCCUGGAGCGGGAAACAAUCAGACCAUCAACAACCCACAGCAACGGGGGCUUCCCGAGCAUCCUCAUCAACACCGCCGGAUAUGUCUCGCUCAGUGACAUGGAGGCGUUCGCGCGACUCUACUUUGCCGCCUCUAAGUCUGCAGAAUCAUCCGCGAACCCCUCCCCACCCGGCCGCAUUGUCAACAUUGCAUCGCAAGCUGCGCAUGUGGCACUACCGCGACAUGGGGCAUACUGUGCUUCCAAGGCUGCGUUGCUAGGAUUGACUCGCAGUAUGGCGUCGGAAUGGGGAGGACGAGGUAUCACUGCCAACUCGGUAUCCCCAACAGUGGCGUGGACGGCUCUCGGGAAGAAGGCUUGGGGGGAAGAGUCAGUGCGGGAGGGUUUUUUGAAGACUAUUCCCACUGGCAGGUUUGCGCUUCCUGAGGAGGUUGCGAAUGCCGUUGUCUUUCUUUGUCAGGAUUCGAGCGGCAUGGUUAAUGGUGCGGAUAUCAGAGUUGAUGCGGCUUUACUAUCCAAUAAUGCCUGGAAAUCUCUCAUAUGCCUGAGUCGGCUAUUUUAA